UUCUCCUGCUAGUUUCGCGAGUCCGCGGGUUGUUAUUAGGAAGUGACGCAUUGCGUGAGGCGGAGGUGACGUAGGGCGCGCAGGCUCGGGCCGGUGGGCGGGGUUUGGACAAGAUGGCUGGAUCCACAGUUAAAGUCCCUCGUAAUUUUCGCUUGUUGGAAGAACUUGAAGAAGGUCAAAAAGGAGUAGGCGAUGGUACAGUAAGCUGGGGCCUUGAAGAUGAUGAAGAUAUGACACUUACAAGGUGGACAGGCAUGAUUAUUGGACCACCAAGGGUCAGUACAACAAACUAUGAAAACAGAAUAUACAGUCUGAAAGUAGAGUGUGGACCUAAAUAUCCAGAAGCACCUCCAACAGUUAGAUUUGUAACUAAAAUCAAUAUGAAUGGAAUAAAUAAUUCCAAUGGAAUGGUGGAUACACGGAGCAUACCAGUGUUAGCAAAAUGGCAAAAUUCUUAUAGCAUUAAAGUUGUACUUCAAGAGCUAAGACGUCUAAUGAUGUCCAAAGAAAAUAUGAAGCUUCCACAACCUCCAGAAGGACAAACUUACAGCAAUUAAUUUUAGCUGAUUCUCAAACUUCUGUCUUAAAACAACAACCUUCUACUCAUAUUAAUGUCUUGAUUAAAUCUCACAAUGCAAACCACCCACACAUUAAAAGAAUUUCAGCUGGUAUACAUGACCUGGACAUUUGUAAGAAUAUAUAUAAUAUAUGUACGCCCAGUAUGUUUUUAGGCACUAUGGGAGGAAAAAAAGGCAGCACAAUUUAUUUUUUUCUCUUAUCAAGACACUGUCAUUUAAGCAUAAGCCUGAAGUAGCUUAAAAUUGAAAUUCAGGUUUUACAAGAUGAAAGCAUGACAGAAAGUGUCAGAUUGCUGUGGAUUAAUGUAUGUUUCAGAAAAUUAAUCUCUCAAGAAGAAAAAUUAUAAAUGGCAUGCUUUACCCAUCUGGCUUAGUAAAAGAGCUGCAGUUAAAAUUGUUUUAAAGUAGCAGAUAAAGUGAAUACUGUUGCUCAUCUUGUUUAAUUUUGCUAAGGUGUGGGUGCCGACUACUAUUAGUGUCACAAAGUAUGUUCAGGAUUGUUUUGAUACCUGUAUUUAUAAAAGGGGGGAAUGGAUUCUGUUAAGCGGCUCCUGUGUGUUACAUGUAAUGGACAUGGCAAAUAUUUGUUUACAGUCUUUGUUCUAAUAAACAAUGCAUUUAAGUUUUAGUGAAACAAACAAAGGAAAUAGGUGUAUGGAUAUGUGAUUGAGAUUAAAGUUAGUCUUAAAAUGUAAAUAAAAUGUGGAAAGUAUCCUCUGAGGCUGUGCCAUUUCUAUAAUAAUGUAAUAUAUGUAUAGUACCUUGCAGAGGUAGCAAAAAGUUAAACACAAUGUAGCAGUGGCUCUACAUGUACCUUUUAUUCUUACCACUAUUUCUAUAUGCUUAUUUUAUUUGAUAACUGAAGGUAUUGGGAUUAUUGCAGAGGAGCAAAUUCCAUAAUCUGCAGUUACACUUGUUUGGACAAACUUGCAGUUCAAAACCCUUUCUAAAAUGAAUACUUAAAAUAUUUUUUUUAGAAAUGACAUUAACUAGGCCACUUGGCCUAAGCAACUCCAGAGCAAUUUCCAAACCGGACUGCUGAAAUUCUGUCCUGCUUCUGUCUUUUCAUCCUUAAAACCAUCUUCUGCAGCUGCUACCUUGUUUUUCCAUGUCACGUUUUUUCCCCCUGCACUUACUUUAACAGCUUUUUUUUUUAAAUCUUCAAGCUAGUUUCCUUUUUGUUCUGUCUCACUUUCUCCUUACCCCAGCGACACAUAAGUGAGAGACGUCAGGCCUUAUCAUUUUUAUUAAAACCUCUUAUACUACUGUUAAGAACUGUGUGGACAUGCCGUAUUUAUCCCUCUGCAUUCCUAUGCUUCAAGUGCCAGUGGCACAAUCUCAUUGGUUAGAAUGAUUUCUGCCCCUUCAACAGUGAAUUCUCCCCCUUCUAAUUUUACUUAUUCCUUUCUCACUAUAGUUGUAGUUGGUGACAUCCAUGGGUUAGUUCUGCUAUAGGUUUCUCAAUGUUGUUCAUGUUACCUUACUGGAAAUGAGACACUCUAGUCUCUUGUGUGGAAAAUGCAAAGAUUUGUCCAGUUUACUAAAAAAAAUUGUAACCUUGGGACUAGGUCAGUGACUUGUUAUUCAAAACUUCAUCAGUAAUUCUCUUGGAAAAAUGAAUUUAAUCAAAAGUCAUCAACAGCCAGGGAACUUUCAACUUUGGUAUCCUUAUUGCCUAUCCCUAAUAUGAAGAAAAAAUUGUAAGAAAAGCAAUAAACUAAGCUUUAUUUUUUUUAAUAGAAAGUUUUAGGUGGUGGUUGUCGGUAGAGGAAGGCUGUAUUUGAGAGUCCUUAAACACAUCUGACACAUUUGCAGAGUUCACUCAGUGAAAUGAUAGCUGUCAGCUACCUCAUGUCCAUGUUAUGUAACACAUCACAGUAUAUGACGGAAAAUUUGACUGAAGUGAUUUUACCACUAUGUAUUCCUAUUCCCUAAUUUUAAAUUAAUUUAGAUGUUUUGGAUUCCACUAAAUAAACUUUCAUUAUGCUAGCA